CCGGCUGCUCCGACGCCCGCUUCUAUAAGAGAGAGGCAGCGCGGGGCAGCCAGCCGACCCAGCCUGCACGUACUGGCGCCCCAGUUUUAGAGAAUUACUCCAAAUUCAUCAUGAUUGAAGACAAUAAGGAGAACAAAGACCAUUCCUUAGAAAGGGGAAGAGCAAGUCUCAUUUUUUCCUUAAAGAAUGAAGUUGGAGGACUUAUAAAAGCCUUGAAAAUUUUUCAGGAGAAGCAUGUGAAUCUGUUACAUAUCGAAUCCCGAAAAUCAAAAAGAAGAAACUCAGAAUUUGAGAUUUUUGUUGACUGUGACAUCAACAGAGAACAACUGAAUGAUAUUUUUCAUCUGCUGAAGUCUCAUACCAAUGUUCUCUCUGUGAAUCCACCAGAUAAUUUUACUGUGAAGGAAGAUGGUAUGGAAACUGUUCCUUGGUUUCCAAAGAAGAUUUCUGACCUGGACCAUUGUGCCAACAGAGUUCUGAUGUAUGGAUCUGAACUAGAUGCAGACCAUCCUGGCUUCAAAGACAAUGUCUACCGCAAACGUCGAAAGUAUUUUGCGGACUUGGCUAUGAACUAUAAACAUGGAGACCCCAUUCCAAAGGUUGAAUUCACUGAAGAGGAGAUUAAGACCUGGGGAACCGUAUUCCAAGAGCUCAACAAACUCUACCCAACCCAUGCUUGCAGAGAGUAUCUCAAAAACUUACCUUUGCUUUCUAAAUAUUGUGGAUAUCGGGAAGAUAAUAUCCCACAAUUGGAAGAUGUCUCCAACUUUUUAAAAGAGCGUACAGGUUUUUCCAUCCGUCCUGUGGCUGGUUACUUAUCACCAAGAGAUUUCUUAUCAGGUUUAGCCUUUCGAGUUUUUCAUUGCACUCAAUAUGUGAGACACAGUUCAGAUCCCUUCUAUACCCCAGAGCCAGAUACCUGCCAUGAACUCUUAGGCCAUGUCCCUCUUUUGGCUGAACCUAGUUUUGCCCAAUUCUCCCAAGAAAUUGGCUUGGCUUCUCUUGGCGCUUCAGAGGAGGCUGUUCAAAAACUGGCAACGUGCUACUUUUUCACUGUGGAGUUUGGUCUAUGUAAACAAGAUGGACAGCUAAGAGUCUUUGGUGCUGGCUUACUUUCUUCUAUCAGUGAACUCAAACAUGCACUUUCUGGACAUGCCAAAGUAAAGCCCUUUGAUCCCAAGAUUACCUGCAAACAGGAAUGUCUUAUCACAACUUUUCAGGAUGUCUACUUUGUAUCUGAAAGUUUUGAAGAUGCAAAGGAGAAGAUGAGAGAAUUUACCAAAACAAUUAAGCGUCCAUUUGGAGUGAAGUAUAAUCCAUAUACACGGAGUAUUCAGAUCCUGAAAGACACCAAGAGCAUAACCAGUGCCAUGAACGAGUUGCAGCAUGAUCUUGAUGUUGUCAGUGAUGCCCUUGCUAAGGUCAGCAGGAAGCCAAGUAUCUAACAGCAGCCAGUCAUCCAGGAACAUUUGAGCAUCAAUUCAGAGGCCUCUGGGCCAUCUCUUGCUUUUCUUGAACACCUGAUCCUGGAGGGACAGCAUCUUCUGGCCAAACAAUAUUAUCGAAUUCCACUACUUAAUGAAUCACUAGUCUUUGAAAAUUUGUACCUGGAUAUUCUAUUUACCACUUAUUUUUUUGUUUAGUUUUAUUUCUUUUUUUUGGUAGCAGCUUUAAUGAGACAAUUUAUAUACCAUACAAGCCACUGACCACCCAUUUUUAAUAGAGAAGUUGUUUGACCCAAUAGGAAGAUCUAAUCUCAGCCUAACUCUAUUUUCCCCAAUCCUCCUUGAGUAAAAUGACCCUUUAUGAUCACUUAGAAUACCCUGAGGAGUAUUAUGGCGCUGACUCAUAUUGUUACCUGAGAUCCCCUUAUUUCUAAAGUAUCUGUUACUCAUUGCUGAAUUUGUGCCAAGCUCAAUCACAUUCACACUAAAAUUUAACAGGAGACCCAGCUGUCUUUGUUGCUAGCAUGAGCAAAAGUAUAGAGGCCUUUGCACAUGGAGAAUACCUAGUAAAGAGCAAGUAGUCUAGUUUCAAGUGUAGUAUCUUGUAGGGAAAUGGGAGUAGCUAAGCCUGGAAAGGUUGAAUGGGGCAUAAUCAUUAAGACUAGGCUAAGAAUUCGAGACUUUAUUUUUUAGGCAUUAGGGAGCCCCUUCCUAAGUGACUGUCUUCCUUGAAACUUUGUUUUCUUUCAAUGACAUCACAUGAUACUGGUUUUAUUCUAGGCUAUCUAUCCUACUCAUGGAUCCAAGGGAAACUUAGUAGAGAUGCGACUUGCAUGGGGCUGUACUCAGACAUGUGGUCCUAGGUAUUAUAAUGGGAUUGUCCCCAGAUUAACAGGAAGCAUUGUUAUCAAAGGGAGAGUUCAAACUGAGAUAGAUAACAGAAGCACAAAGUAAAAGAUAGAAAAAACAGCGCUGAGUACUUUAUUUCUAAGGUAUAAGGUGAGGCCAUAAACAGAAAGGUAUGCAAUGAGAGUAGAGGCUGCAGAAAAGGGGAGAAAAUAGAAUGUCAGAAAGGUCAAGAAGAGCGGUUUAGGACUGAGACUGUAAGUAACGUAAGGAUUGCAAGGAAUGGUUUUUAUGCAGAGUCAGCUGUGUAGCACAGGGAGUAAGCAGUCCUGUUAUAAAUGGGUGAAGCUGAACUCCAAAAUACAAACUUAUGUCUCUUUAUUUUGCCCCUUUCCUCCCUCUAGUCACUAAAUGAAGAUGUUCUUCAAGUUUCUGUCUUUGCACUUCUACUCUUUUUGCCAUCUCUUCAUGGGGAAUGUCACCCAGAUACAUGACUUCAGUUCUUAUUUUGAAUGACUCCUCUAUUUGCAGUUAUAAUCCUGACAUCUUUCUUGAAUUUUUUUGCCCCUUAAUUCCGACGAACUCCUGGAUGUCUAUGCAGAUGUCUCAUAAUUUAGGCCAAUGCUGUACAACUUCAUGUGGCACCAUCCACAUAGAAUGAAUAGGGGUUGUUCAAUAUGACAGCCCUGCGAAGCAUCUCAAAUUGAACAGGUCUAUAAAGGAACUCAGAAUCACUUGACUAUCACAGUCCAUCAGCUUCCUCUCCCAGUAAUUUAAUUUCCAUUAAUGGUAUAUUAAACAUCAUAUUUUCAAUCAUUUUCAGGUUUAGUCAGCUACUUAAAAAUAGGCUUUUUUUCACAUAAAUAAAUUAUAUACCAUUUAA